AGGUAUCGUGCAGGGGCCGUGACUAUGGCAACCAGCGCUGAAACAAACCCCUGAACGACGGUGUCGGCGCAUGUCUGUUGGCGCGGGCGCGGGCGGGGCGAGGCUGAUGUCGUGUGUGCGAGAAGGCUCGCUCGAGCCGCCCUACCGCCCGCCGCACCACCACGACACUCACAGCCAUGGCGAAGGCCGCACGGGGCGGUUCCUGCGCGGGCUGCGGCGCAUGUUCAAGCGGCGCGGCAGCAGCGGCGCGCGCGCAGACGCAUCGCCCGAUCCGAAAAGCAGUUCCACCAGCGAACUGCUGGAUGCCGAAAGACAUGCCAGACGGAAGGAGGGCGCGUACGGUAGUGGGCUGUCUGUGUCCCACGACUCCGUGUUCACCGGCGAGAGAUCCGGCGACGAGUCCAGCGACGAACGGCCGACUCCCGCGCCGCUUGGGCAUCUCGCCAACUCGCAUAGG